UCGCUCUGGUAGAAGUUCGUCGUAGUCAUCAGUGAGAAGUAAAGUGACGUGGAGAGUUACGAAGAUGACAAACUCACGCCUAAAACUUUAUAAACUGUGAGAUGACUUACUACAAAACUCUAUGGUGAGCUUAAUAAACACAUAUAUAUAUAUAUAUAUAUAUCAAAAAGACAAUAAAGAAAACCAACGCUUAACCAAUAAUCGCGGAGACGGCUCAACCAGCUAACCCGUUAGCUGGCUAACAGCAGGAGCAGCUCCUGUUUGUAGCGUGUAAACUCAGAGUUAUGUAAGUGAAAUAUCAUUUUAUCUGCUGAGCCGAGUCAUGGAAGAACAAGGAAGGACGUGAGAGACGAGUGUUGGCUUUUACCCUACAAGAAACCGCUCCGGCUCUGGCCAGCUUGCUUAUUGAAACAGGGAAAUAUACGCUGUCAGGAUGAGCUCUCUGCUCCGAGGCGAGGAAAUGUGUCUGGCCCAGCUGUUUCUGCAGUCCGGGUCAGCUUACGACUGCAUCAGUGAACUGGGAGAACUAGGACUGGUGGAGUUCAGAGACCUCAAUCCUAAUGUGAACUCAUUCCAGCGAAAACAUGUAAACGAGAUCAAAAAAUGUGAAGAGAUGGAGAGGAUCCUUGGUUACCUUUUGAGGGAAAUCAAAAAAGCAGACAUUUCACUGCCAGAAAGUGAUAUGAACCCCGUGUCUCCUUCACCCAAGCAUAUAAUGACUAUAAUGGAGCAGCUUCAGAGACUUGAGGUUGAACUAGGUGAAGUAACCAGAAACAAGGAAAAGCUGCAGAAGAAUCUGCUGGAGCUCACAGAGUACACACACAUGCUUCGCAUCACACGCAACUUUGUACAGAGAAGUGCUGAGCGAGAACCACUGCAAGUCCAGUAUGAGGAGUUUCCAUUUCUAGAAAAAGAUACACGGAUGGACUACAGCAGUAUGCAGAGGCUAGGAGCCAAACUGGGUUUCAUUUCAGGGCUGAUUCAAAGAGCAAAGAUCGAAGCCUUUGAGCGAAUGCUUUGGAGAGUUUGCAAAGGUUACACCAUCCUGAGUUAUGCGGAGGUUGAAGAGUACCUGGAAGAUCCCGACACAGGUGAGCCCACUAAAAGUGUAGUGUUUCUCAUCUCUUACUGGGGGGACCAAAUUGGCCAGAAAGUAAAGAAGAUCUGCGAUUGCUACCACUGUCACUUGUACCCAUAUCCCAGUAACAACGAUGAGAGGAACGAUGUUGUGGAAGGCCUGAGGACUCGCAUUCAAGAUCUACACACAGUACUUCACAGAACAGAAGACUACCUGAGACAGGUCCUGAUCAAGGCUUCUGAAUCUGUCUACACCUGGGUUGUCCAGGUCAAGAAAAUGAAGGCCAUCUACUACAUUCUGAACCUCUGCAGUUUCGAUGUGACUAAUAAGUGCCUGAUUGCUGAGGUGUGGUGUCCUGUUAACGACAUUCCUAAACUGCGGAGAGCCUUGGAAGACGGCUCGAGAAAAAGUGGAGCGACUGUUCCCUCUUUUGUCAAUCGUAUCCCUACCACUGAUACCCCCCCGACUCUGAUCAGGACCAACAAAUUUACCUCUGGCUUCCAAAACAUAGUGGAUGCCUAUGGAGUGGGCUCCUACAGGGAGGUAAACCCAGCUCCCUUUACAAUCAUAACCUUCCCCUUCUUAUUUGCUGUGAUGUUUGGGGACCUGGGUCAUGGAAUCAUUAUGUCUCUGUUCGCCUUGUGGAUGGUGCGGUACGAGAACAACCGCAAGCUGAAAAACACCAGAAAUGAGAUCUGGAACACGUUCUUUGAGGGGCGUUACAUCAUUCUGAUGAUGGGCCUGUUCUCCAUCUACACCGGCCUGAUUUACAAUGACUGUUUCUCAAAGUCGCUGAAUAUCUUUGGCUCUGGGUGGAACGUUACUGCAAUGUUUACAGCCAAAGUCUGGACGACGGAGGUCCUCAAAGGGAAUAAUUUUCUGACUCUGGAUCCAGAUGUUACUGGAGUUUUUAAAGGACCAUACCCUUUUGGAAUUGACCCAAUCUGGAACUUGGCAUCCAAUCGCCUCACAUUCCUCAAUUCGUAUAAGAUGAAAAUGUCAGUGAUACUGGGCAUCAUACACAUGAGCUUCGGGGUCAUCCUCAGCACUUACAAUCACCGGUACUUUAGGAAGAGGUACAACCUCUACUUGGUAUUUUUGCCUGAACUCCUGUUCCUGUUGUGUCUGUUUGGCUACCUGGUGUUCAUGAUAUUCUACAAAUGGCUGGCCUUCACCGCAAAGGACUCCAAACUGGCCCCUAGUAUUCUCAUCCACUUCAUUAACAUGUUCCUCAUGCAGGGGGAUGCAAAGCAGCCCCCCGAGCAGGGGAAAGCAAUGGAGCCCCUCUACCCAGGACAGACUGGCCUGCAGAUAUUCCUGGUGGUCAUUGCUGUUCUUUCAGUGCCUGUUUUACUGCUGGGGAAACCAGUCUACCUCCGCUGGCUUCAGAACAGAGGCCAAAACCGCCUAGGAAUGUACAGGGGAUAUGAGCGUGUGCGGCGAAAUAGUGAUGAAGAACUCUGCCUUCUGAGGUCUGAAGACAUGGAGGAGGGCAACAGUCACAGCGAUCCCUCCAGUAGUGGAGAGCACCUCUCUAAGGAGUUUAACUUUGCAGAUGAGUUCCUCCAUCAGGCCAUCCACACCAUAGAGUAUUGUCUGGGUUGUGUCUCCAACACAGCUUCCUAUCUGAGACUCUGGGCUCUCAGCCUGGCACAUGCCCAGCUGUCAGAGGUGCUUUGGGCCAUGGUGAUGAGAGUAGGACUUCGAAUGGACACUGCUCUUGGGGUUGUAUUCCUGGUUCCUGUGUUUGGUCUGUUUGCUGUUCUCACUGUGUCCAUCCUUCUCAUCAUGGAGGGCCUGUCUGCGUUCCUGCAUGCCCUCCGGCUGCACUGGGUUGAAUUUCAGAAUAAAUUCUACAGCGGGACUGGAGUCAAGUUCUGCCCUUUUUCCUUCUCUCUGCUGCCUUCCAGCUUUGAACAUGAUGGAUUACUGUGAAGGGACUAACAAAACCAAGACAUUCUGUGGCAAGAAGCCAGCACCUCAAAAAGAUAUCACCAAGAGAUGUCAAAAAGUGCUCUUCAUAUUUAUUUUUUCCUGUUUUUACAAUUUACAUGAAGAAAUGACCACACUGGCCUCUCAACUGUAUUUUGAAAAACAAAAACCAAACACUGGUGAACAAAGUGUGUAGAUUAACAAAGUUUUAUGCAAGAAAGAGUGUUUUGCGCUGUGAUCGGCGCAAAUUUAGCAAGGUGUCACUUGCUAAAUUUGAGGUGAUUAAAUGAAGAAAUGCUGCAUAAAACUGCAAAAUGACAAAAUUUUGGUUUGAAACAAAAACCCUACAAUGUGAUAAACCAAUGUUUUGCAGCUGUUUUUUGGGAGCUUAUUAAUAAGAACUAAAUAACAUUUAGCUUUUUCACUUGCACAUAAUUUCUGUUUUGUUUCCCCGGAUUUUUUUUUUUUGCUGUGUAUCAUUAUUUUUAGCAAAUUUUCCUAACUUCUGUUGUUUUCUCUAAGCCUCUGCUAAUCUGAUCUGGUUUUAAUCCACCAAGUUAGAAGAUCCAACUUGUUCAAUUGGUUAAAUGGGUCGACCUUAGCCUCUGGGUGAAUUGUGUGGCUUUUUUCCCGGAAGUGAAUAACAGUGGCAUACAUGCAGUAUGUCAAAACUGCAACAAAAUUUGACAAAUAUUUUUGCAUACCUCUACUUGGCACCUCUGCUUGUCAGACUACUGGGAGCAUGGAGUAUCACUUGUAUAUUCACUAAUGCUGAAACUGCCAGCAGGGUUCUCAUCAGAACAGACUGCCACUAUGAACCCAACCCAGACAAAUCUUCAAACAACAAUGGCCACUAUCAAGUUGGAUUUGUUUCAUGAGGCCUUCUGGCAGCUUUUCUUUUACAUUCUAAAUCAAUUUGUCUUGAUGAUGGGACCCGCUGUUUUACUCUCAUUGAAGGCACACAGUUUGUCCUUAUUCAGUCUAGUUUCCCAAAGCACUUAACAAGACAGGUCCAUUUUAUUUAUUCAUAUGGACAAUUCCAUUCCAAUUUGAUCCUUGUUAUCCUAAAACGUCUCAUUCAGUUUAUCAUGCCAAUUGGUAAGAAAAAUUUUAACCAUUCUAUAUGUGUGGCAUUUUAGAUAUGAAAUAAACUCCACCCUAAUGAAAGACCCCCUCAUGAGACUUGUGUCCUUUGACAAGUGGAGGUCGACAGAAUGGAGGGGCUUUCGUUCCUCCCCAAACUUUUUACUCCUUUUAGAAGAUGGUGGCAUCUUUACCAUUCAAAUUUGCUUCGUCUAAUUGGGAUUUCCAAACUGAAUUCAUUAAAAUUUUGUGGACAGCUUUUCGCAGGUGCAACUACAUGCCACCUCAGUCAUUCAUUUAUAAAACUGCAACAGUGGGAGGGUUUAAAGGUUUCUGUGGGUGAGCUGAAAUAUGUCUGUGCAUUUGCAGAAUUAUAUUUUGUCUGUAUUUUUAAAAAGAGAACCGAAGAUGAAUGGGGGUGGGCUUUUGUGUGUGCAUUCUGUUGUCUUUUUUUUUUUUUUUUUUUACCCCAGUCAGUAACGAUGCCAGCCUAAUUUUCCAUUAAUGGAAAACUAUUAAUCUGUUGACUUCAGCUUUGUUGAUUCAGAAAUCCUGCAUCAGUAUUCACCACGUUAGCCAGGUUGAAUUGUUUGUCGAUGUAGACCAAGCUUUUUUCUGAAUUUUGAUUUUUCUUUUAAAACGUAACCAGGCUUUAAUGUCGUCACUUCUGGGUGAAGGAAUGUCUGCGUUUUCUACUGUUGGUGUUAUUUUCAGUUGGGUAAAAACUACAUAUUUCAUGUAGACUUUUUACCAAAAGCGUUUAAACUUUGCGUCAGACAAAACAAUAGUUAUUUGAGUCUUACCUUAUGUUUCACACCCAGUCACCAGAGAUUCCAUGCUUGUUUUCCUUUGUUCUGUCCCUUUUUUCGUGUUUCUUUUACGUUUGUUUUUGUUUUGUUUUUAUUUUUUACCCGACAAGCCGAAUGUCUAAGCUCAUGAAACCAGUAAUUCACAGGUUAUGAGGAAAACUUGCUCACUUUGAAGCUUAGUUAAAUUGUUUGUUUAUGGAAUGAAUAUGGUCUUUUCAGUCAUAUAGGGUUGAUUUGACCAUUUUUUUCCCUAAUUGAUAGACACUCCAUCUUGUAUCUCUUUUGAUGAGCUUUUCUGUUAAUAGACUUAAUAAAUUUCUAUUUUGAGGA